AUGACAUCGUCUCAUUCCACUCGCAAUGUAGUCGUCGUCAUCGGCGCUGGUGGGAUGGGUCUCGCAGUCGCACAGCGACUGGCUCCCGGAAAGCACGUUCUUCUAGCCGACUUCCAGGAAACCACAUUGAAUGAUGCCCUUUCCACGCUUCGGGAAGAAGGCGUUAGCUGUGAAGGUCAUUCAGUAAACAUCGCCCACUACCGAUCCGUCGAGGCCUUUGCACAUGCUGCUCAUUCUGCGGGCCGUAUCAACGCAAUUAUCAACACGGCAGGCCUGUCUCCUGGAAGCGCCAGUGCCAAAGAGAUCUAUGCCGUGGACUUGAUUGGUACGGCCAAUAUAAUCGAGGCUUUCUUGUCUGUCGCGUCCGAGGGAACCUCCUUGGUUUGCAUUGCUAGUAUGGCCGGCCAUCUCAUCACCCUUUCCCCCAGUCUGGAGCGUCACCUUGCUACCGCACCUCUCACGCAACUUUUGGAUCAUGAAGGUCUGAACAUGGAAUCCUUGGAUGGCAAUAUUGCAUACACCGUUUCCAAGCGGGCAAAUAUUCUGAGAGUACAAGGUGCUGCAAAAGCUUGGGGCAGUCAACAAGCCCGAUUGAAUAGCAUAAGCCCUGGAGUCAUUGCGACUCCGCAACUUCUCGCGCAACUGGAUGGACCCCUGGGUGUAGGCCCAAAGACUAUGGUUGGUGUUUCGGCUUUGCAACGUAUGGGUACCCCGGAUGAAAUCGCAAACCUCGCAGUCUUUCUGGCUGGAGCCGAGUCUUCGUACGUCACGGGAACGGACAUCCUUAUGGAUGGUGGAACGGUGUCAGCACGGAAGUGGUCAAAAUCGGACUAG